AUGAGUCUCACAAAAGGCAAUUUAGAAAAACUUGCUUUUGAAAAUAUGGAAGCUUUUAAGAGAUACAAUACUGGAUUGUACAUCAAACAACAAAAAGAAAUUCAGGAUCAAUCUUCAAGGAUCAAAGGGCGAUCUGGCAAAUCCUUGUCUUAUAUCCUUCUUCUUGCUUACUUUGUCAAUCGAAUCAUCUUCAGGGCCAUGUCCCUGCCUGAUAUCCCACUCAACAGGCACCACAAUACCCGUUUCAAGCACACAAGAAAAUUAGGGGAACAUGAUGAAUUUAGCAUGGUUGAUAAGCAUAAAGGGAAAGAAACACCCCUAAAAGACACCACCACUACUGCUACUACUACUGCCACUGGCACACAAAAUCAGAACCAAAUACAUCCAACUGUCACUCAAAUCAAUCCAAAAGUCAAACGUACAUUCAAACCGACGAAUACAAAGAACAGCAUUUCACAUGAAUCAGCUCUACGUCUGUUACAAGCAUUCUCUUCGUCAAAUAUAAAGACUACUCGUAUUACGCAAAAACCAAAAGAGAAUACACAACUUGGGCUGUUCAACAAAGGAAAAUCUUCGGCAAAAGGAGUAUUAAGAAAAAAGUCAGACCUUGUGUUUAGUGAGCAUGAGUUUCUCCACCCUAGAUAUCAUGUUCGGUACACGAGCAAUCAAAGUGUAAUUUCAGAAGAAGCCUCAGAUCAGGAUAGAUCUUCCUUUAUGACCCAGUCUCAUCAACAACAACAACAACAACAACAACAACAACAAGAGACUGUCUCGCGCUUCUUUCGCACCAGAUCAGACAAAUCAGAUCAAUCGUCUGUUGAAAGUGACACGUUCAAGAUACGACAACCACAAAACCAAGGACAUCAACAAGACCAUCACCUACAUCAGUUAUACCAACAAAAGCAGAUUCAAGAUGAUGAAGAAGAAGAUGAAGAAGAGGAAAAUCAAAAGGAUAUUUCGACCAAGAUUGUGCCAGAAUUGCAGGACCGAUAUAUUGGUGCUUUGUAUCAAUCUCCAGACACCUCUUUUGGCAAGAAACAAGAUCGAUGGACAAACGAGAAACCUGAUCAGUCAUCAGAGACCAAUACUUGGUGUGAAAAAACCACUUUGUCAGAAGACUCCCACACUUUUGAUGGUUCUACAGAAGCUAUUGAACGCCUAUUAAAUGAGUGUCAGGCCGUACCUUUACCUGAUUUCUGCAAUACACCCGAGUUGCACCAAUCUUUUAGACCGACCAAGUGGCCAGAGUGUGGGGCAGACCAAGAUCAAUCUCUGUACUACUCGGACAGGCCUUGGGAAAUUAGGUCUGGAGUACAUACCAUACCUGAGAAUAACGAUUGUAGGAGCACAAUAUUCUCACAGUGUGACAUUCAAGAAAUCCUUUCGGACUGUACAGGCAUGACUGACCUAACCAAUCUUUGGGGCUGUGAGGAUUCUGGAUCAGUGUGCUCAACGACCACAACGACCACAAAGAACAGCAAGAUUGAUUCAUCUGCACUAGGAUCUACCAAUACCACCGAUACAAGUCAUCACCUUGAAGCAGUCAAUUAUUUCUGGAAAAGAAGAAUAAUAAUUGUAAGAGAAAUCAAGCGAAAUUUUAUCGCAAAGAAUAGAGAAGAAUAA